GGUACUUUAAAUUUCAAACCUAUUAAUUUGAACUAGACAACAUUGAAGACCGAAAGGGUUAUAAGAAAUCUUUACAAAAAAUCUUGUCAAAAAAUCGCCACCCAUCUUAGACUUUUAGCAGAUCGAAGGUCAUAUGGGCAACUUACUUUUCCAAGUUUAAUGACUCGUCAAAGCUGGAAACAAUUUCAAUGAUGGGGGAAGCUUCCAGCAAUAUUUCACUGGAGACAAAACAUGUUAGAAUGGUAAUACAGCAAUUUCUAUAUAAACGUUUAACCAUCAAUAAUUCACACCAGCAACACCAUCACAGAAAGCCCAUGGCUCACCAAGUUUUCUUCCUUGUUUCACUGCUAGCAUUAGCAACCCUACAUGGCAUGGAAGCAGUCGAUUACGUUGUUAGCAACCAGGCUGCUACAACUCCUGGAGGCAUCGUAUUUGACAACCAGCUUGGAGUAGAAUACACCCGACAACAAAUGGAAUUGGCCUCACAAUUCAUCUGGGAUCUCUUCCAACAAACCGAUCCGGCUGACAGGAAGAACAAUAUUCCAACCGUAAGCCUUUUUGUCGUCGAUAAUUUGCCUCCGGAAGUUCCCGCAGCUACAAGCAACAAUGUGAUUUAUGUAAGCGAUAAACAUAUCCAAGCUUUUAGCGGCGAUCAACUGAAGCCGGAAUUCAAUGGGGUGCUUUACCAUGAGAUGACUCACGUAUGGCAAUGGAACGGGAAUGGGCAACAAGACCAGACUCUUGGAGGAUUGAUUGAAGGGAUUGCAGAUUUUGUAAGGCUGAAGGCUAAUUACAUUCCAAGUGGAUGGGCACAGCCAGGGCAAGGCAAUAAUUGGUACGACGGGUACUCUGUUACGGCCAGGUUUUUGGAGUAUUGUGAAGGUCUUAGAACUGGAUUUGUAGCAGAGCUUAACAAGAAGAUGAGAGAUGGUUACAGUACUGACUUCUUUUUUCAGCUACUUGGCAAGACUGUUGAUCAGUUGUGGAGCGACUACAAGAACCAGCCAAGGAAUUAGACAUAUCAUAGCUAUAGCAAGCAGCCCAUGGUUAAGCCUUUAUUUAUCCAAAAAAAAAAA